AAGUGGUGGACAUACGCAUGUUAGUUGGAUUCAGUAUUUCCAUUGUGCUGUUACUCAUCUGCAUCGCUGUACUUGUCAUCAUUUUGCUGAAAAGGACCAGGCCUUGUCAGAGGCAUCGUACACAACAGACUCAAGCUGGCGUUGACGUCGAAAACAAAAUUGAAAUGGCACAAAUAUCAUCUACAGAGACUGAGGAUAUUAAAGGGUGUGGUCGGACUUCGUCCUCAGAAAAACCGUACGAAGAUCUGCUUGAAGAAAGUGAUGCGUGGCAGCAACAUCAGAUACUGGGGAUUGCGGUCCAAAGCGAAGGCAAGUUCCAUGUAACGACUUUGACGAAAUGUUAUUAUAUCUUUACACAUGUCCCUGAAUAACAGAUUGAGCUGUUCAAAAAUAAUUAAGAAAGUAUUAUACAUAGUCUGUGAAAUACAUAAGAUG